CUGUUUCAACCAUUCCAGACAUAGUAGUGUAGGAGCUUUCUACACAGAACAGCAGGUAUGAUGAAGUCAGCGCUGCUGCACGUGUUGGUGCCGUGUGUGCUGUGUGUCAGCUUAGCUAACACCAACCUGUUCGAUGAAGUGGAGGUGGACCUGUCUUAUGAGCAUUAUGCAGAGAAGACGGUUGAUGAUAUGCCUGCUUUCCUCAGGAUGCCCUUUAACUGCCUGGUUAACCUGGGUUAUAUCUACAUGGGACUGUAUUGGCUGCUGCAGCACAGGAGCAUCAAAGAAGCCAGUCAGAGCAGGUAUAUGAGGGAAGUGUUCGCACUGAUGGCCCUGUUUUACGCACCUGUGCAGUGGACGCGCCUGGCAGUGCUGCGGCGCGCUCCCGCCGUACUUGACCAGUGGUUUACCUUACCGAUCUUCGCGUGGGUUCCGGUGUGGAUCAGCUUCAUUGAAAGCGGGCCGGGGAAGUGGCGCGCGUGGCACGGGGCAGCGCUUGAACUGUGCUCCAUCCUCAGCUACGGCCUCGCGCUGGUGCACCCGCAGGGGUUCGAGGUAGCUCUGGGCUGUCAUGUCGCCCUCGCACUGUACAAAGGAGCCCGCGUGCAGCUGGUGCACGGAGACAGUCGCUCGCGGGGAUUCCUCCUGCUGGCCGUGCUGUCAUGCUCCGGGUUCGUGGCCCUGAAGCUGCUGGAUCACUGGCUCGCUCAGUACUGGCUGUUCCAGCGGCUCACUGGACACUUCUGGUCCAAAGUAUGCGACGUGCUGCAGUUCCACUUCAGCUUUUGUUUCCUGACCACACUGACUCACAGAGCUCAUGGAGAGACAGCACGGCAGGAGUGAUUAGCUCUAUGUUUUCAUCAUAUGGGUUUGUGAUGAUACAGCUAACACACCUAUUCAGAUAUUCAAAUAAAGAAGAAAUAAAAAUAAGCCAAAAACCCCUCAUCUAUGAUGCAUUAAGGUGUUAUGCAUAUAGGAGCAUGACAAACAAAGUGAACUUGUUUUCAUAGUGGACCCGCUGCCUUAAAUCAUGACAACAACAGAACCUGCUGAACCUCUGCUACAUUACUGCCUUAAAUGACAUUUAUAAGGUGCAGAUUUCAUUUGAGGUAUUACUCAUGAUA